AUGGACCAUAGUCUUCAGACAGCGGGGUGGGAAGUUGGUGCUAAAAAGAUACAUGACAAGUUUACAUUAACCAUACCACUAUCUCAUUUCUUGGGUUUCGCCGAGGACUACAAGAAGGUAAUAAUGAAUGGGAAACACGAGUUGAUAUUAAAUCGCGCCAGUAUAGAUGUAAACUGUUUAGAUUUAGCACCCGUUGAUCCGAAUACGGUACCGAAACCGCCGACUCCAAAUGGUGAGAUUGAAAUCACUCGUGUCACAUGGAGGAUGCCAGUCAUAAAAGUAUCUGAUAAGGAGAAACUGCGCUUAAUGUCGUAUGUUGAGGGCAGCAUACCAGUUCAGAUAGCGUUCCGCACGUGGGAACUGUAUGAAUAUCCCAUACUACCUUCCUCAGAACGUCAUAUUUGGUGCAUCAAGACUAGUACUCAGCUGGAGAAACCUCGCUAUCUCAUUGUUGGUUUCCAAACGGCACGCAGGAACGACAAGACCAAAGAUAUGAGUAUAUUCGACCAUUGUAAUCUUACCAAUUGCAGGGUGUAUUUGAAUGCACAGUAUUAUCCAUACGAUCCUUUUUCGGCUGAAUUUAAAACAAACAACUAUGCGCUCUUAUAUGAUGCAUUUACCAAUUUCCAACGAUCGUACUACAGCCGUGAUCAUACCAGCCCUCAAGUAAAUUAUGCUCAUUACAAGACACACUCUCCAUUAAUAGUCAUUGACACGUCCAGACAGUGUGACAGCUUCAACUCGGGAGCUGGUGCUAUUGAUAUUAAAUUGGAAAUGGAGUUUAAAGAGAAUGUACCUGCCAACACCACGGCAUACUGUCUCAUUAUCAAUGAUUCACUGUUUGAGUACAACGCUCUCACCAGUGCCACACGUAAAAUCAUUCAGUAG